AGCUCAGCUCAGCUCCAUUUCUUCCCCCUGCCAUGUCUUCCUCUCUGCUCAUCUCUCCCCAUUACAAGCUCCUCCUUAAACCCCACCUGAAUCCCACUCCCACCAUAGAAAAGUUCAGACCUUUCCACUUCUGCCCACCGUUAAACCCAAAACCCCUCACCCCCAUCUCCUCUUCCCUCAAACCGAAGCCCCAUGCCCUCCCUUUCCAAUCCCUCGAGCCUUACCUCCUCUCCCAGUCCAAGCCCAUCCUCCUCGGUUGGCUCUGCAGUGCCAUCUCCGCCUUUUCCCUCUCCAAGCUCGUGCCUAAGAUCGGCCAAUUUUCCUCAAAUUUAGCCCACAUCGAGCUGACUACGCUGAGAAAUGAGGGUCCUUUGUUGGCGGCUUUGGUGGCUGCCAAGAUGGUGGCGUGCUACCUGCAGCAAGCUUUCCUGUGGGAGGCAGCUCUCAGUGCGGUGUUCAACCUCAGAGUUGAUGUGUUCGGGAAAGUUCUAGAGAGGGAUUUGGGGUUCUUCGAGGGUGGGAACGGUGUUUCUGCCGGGGAUAUCGCGUAUCGGGUUACUGCCGAGGCUGCGGAUGUUGCUUCUACUGUGUUUUUUCUUCUUAACACGAUAGUGCCUAGUACCUUGCGAGUGUCAGUUAUGGCAAUGCAGAUGUUUGCUAUCAGCCCUGUCCUUUCUCUGAUUUCGGCUGCGGUGAUUCCAUGUAUGGCUCUUGUAAUUGCUCAUCUCGGAGAAAGGCUUCGUAAGAUAUCCAAGAAGGCCAAUUUAGGCAUUGCUGCCCUCGCAGCAUACCUGAAUGAGGUCCUGCCCGCUAUUUUAUUCGUGAAAGCAAAUAAUGCAGAGCUCAGCGAGAGGUCCAGGUUUCAGAGGCUUGCUCAUAUUAAUCUUUCUAACCAGUUGAAAAAGAAGAAAAUGAAGGCACUCAUUCCUCAGAUAACACAGGCUAUUUAUCUCGGAGCUCUAUUCAUCUUCUGUUUCGGUUCACUGGUGGUAUCAAGUGGCUCCUUUGACGGAAGCGGCAUGGUUUCUUUUAUCACCUCAUUGGUUCUCUUAAUUGAGCCGAUCCAGGGAAUUGGACAAGCAUACAAUGAGUUGAAGCAAGUGGAACCAGCUAUUGAACGGAUAUAUGCAUUGGGCAGUUACAUACCUAAGGUAAGACAGAAUCCAGAUGCCAUCCCAUUAGACUGCGUGGCUGGAGAUGUGAGGUUUGCUGAUGUCUCUUUCAAGUACAAAGACAAUACACCUCUCGUUCUAGACAGGUUGAACCUACAUGUUAGGGCUGGAGAGACUGUUGCUCUUGUGGGCCCAUCUGGUGGAGGCAAGACAACGCUUGCGAAACUACUACUUCGCCUUUAUGACCCUUUAUCUGGCUAUAUUUCUAUUGACAAUCAUAACAUUCAGCACAUUCGGUUGGACAGUCUUAGGAGACAUAUCUGUCUCGUUUCUCAGGAUAUAACUCUAUUCUCAGGAACUGUUGCUGAAAAUAUUGGGUAUAGGGAUUUAAUGACUCAUAUUGAUAUGGAGAGGGUUGAGCUGGCGGGACGAUUAGCGAAUGCCGAUGAGUUCAUAAGAAUGCUCCCUGAAGGCUAUGAAACCAAUAUUGGAGCAAGGGGCUCUAUUUUAAGUGGAGGCCAGAAGCAGAGAUUGGCAAUAGCUAGGGCAGUAUAUCAGGAUCCCUCUGUGCUGAUUUUGGACGAAGCAACCUCUGCACUCGAUAGCAGGUCCGAGUUAUUGGUGAGACAAGCUCUUCAGCGGUUGACGGAAAAUCGUACGGUUUUGGUGAUCGCUCAUCGGCCCGAGACUGUUAUGAUGGCGGAUCGAGUAUUCCACUUGAAUGAAGGGAAGCUACAGGAGCUGACUCGCUCAUUCCUCAUGAGCAGUCGCGAGGAUACCUCUUUGUCCACAGGACUAGUAAUAUGAAAUUUACUGGUGUACAGUUAACGGCCAAGGAUAGUAACCGUUGUUCAUUUGACACCUGCAUAUAUAUUUCUGAACGUAAACUUUACUGAAACAGAACCUUGAGGUGAUAGAUUUUUGUCUAAUACGUUGACAGCAAAAGUAAGCAAUGGGAUUGUUUCUGUUAGUUAUGCAAA